CAGAUAAGGAUAAGGCCAAAUUGGAAUGGGGCGAAAUUUGGAGUUGAGGCUUGAAUAGAGGAAAGUAUAAAAAGAACUUGCUUUCGUUGGUACCAACUCCCAUCGGUACUCUGCAUCUCCAUCCCCAACCCCAUUCCAAUGAUCCUUCCUUCUCUACGCCUCACUCAACUCUCUCUCUUAAACUCCAUUUUCUCUUCAUCGUCUUCUUCGAUUCCUCUUCAUCUUCUUUCUUCUUCCUCCUCUUUCUCUACUUCCUCUAGACAACCCUCUGCUUUUCCCCAUAGACUCAGCCACAGAGAUUGGUUAUCUCCCAAUGAAGUCAUCAUAAUCAUCCAACAAAUCAAACAUCCUCCCUCUCUCCUCGCAUUCCUCCACCAAUGGUCGAAUCGUAAGGACUACAAACCCAACAAAGAAAUCUACACUCUCGUUGUGUCCAGACUUGCAGAGGGCCGCUUGUUUGAUGAUAUUGAAAAAGUGAUGUUGAGAAUCAAAGCCGAAAGGAAUUUCCGCUUGUCCGAUGAUUUUUUCUAUCAUGUUAUCAAGAUUUAUGGCCAUGUUGCCGGUCGUAUAGGUAAAGCUAUUGAUACCCUUUUCGAUAUGCCCAAUUAUAACUGCUGGCCUAGUCUUAAAACCUUUAAUUUUGUGCUUAAUUUGCUUGUUUCGGCGAAGAUGUUUGAUGUUGUUCACGAGGUCUAUAUGGGUGCUCCUAAGUUGGGGAUUGAGAUUGAUGCUUGUUGUCUCAACAUACUCAUUAAAGGGUUGUGCGAGAGUGGGAAUUUAGAUGCUGCACUCAAGGUGUUCGAUGAAUUUCCUCAACAGAGAUGUACUCCAAAUGUGAGAACAUUUUCAACGCUUUUGCAUGCGCUGUGUGAGAAUGGGGAACUAGAGAGAGCAUCAGAGCUUUUCUCUAAAAUGGAAAAUGAAGGUGUUUGCCCAGAUACUAUAACGUUUAAUAUAUUGAUUUCGGGUCUUAGAAAGCAGAAGAGAAUUGAAGAGGCAAUAGAACUUUUGGGGAGAAUGAAGCUGAAAGGUUGCUACCCCAAUGCAGGGACUUAUCAAGAGGUUUUGUAUGGCCUGCUCGAUACAGAGAAGUUUAUCGAGGCAAGGGAUUGUAUGCUUCGGAUGAUUUCGGGCGGUAUGGAACCAAGUUUUGUUUCUUACAAGAAGUUGUUGUCUGGGUUAUGCAAGAAGAAUCUAACUGAGGAUGUGGAUUGGGUUCUGAAACAGAUGGUUAUGCAAGGUUUCGUCCCAAAAAUGGGGAUGUGGAAAGUGAUUUUACGUUGUAUGUUAUCAGGAAAUGAAGAAUGCACUGAUAUCACUGAUAAAGUAACUGAAAAAGUUAUGUUGCUUGCAAUGGAAGAUGGCGUGAUGUGAUGAUGUUCUUCUCUGUUUAUACGCUCUCACUGAAAAUCGACCCAUUUGACGACCGUGUACAAAAGAUCGAAGCACUGGGUAAUGUUAUGGACACAAGCUGAUCAACACUUCCCAACUUAGCUGCUAUCUAUUACUGAAGAACAGACGAAUCUCUUCUGCAAUGUGCUCCGGAGUUGAAGAUAAUCUAAAUCCCAUUUUAAUUUUUUAUUUUUAAAAAUUAAGUCUAUAAACAUUCUUUCUAUUCUUAAAUUUUAUGUUUUAUUAUGAAAUAGGAAGAAAACAACACUUCAGGAAGAAAUUCUCACUUUGUUGCAGCUAAGGCGCGGACAAUUAUGUCCGGUGAUGAGGAUAAUUGAAGGAAGCGGGAAAGGGCCCAUUGACUCAAAUUCAAGAGAGAUGGAGUUAUUUUCUAGUGGCAAACUACCUGUGCCGAUUUAACUAGGAAAAUUGAUGCUUUAUUUAUUGUGAAAAUCUGCACAAAUAACUUCUUUUUUUUUUUUUCGAGGAAACAUCCAACACAAAUAACUUCUUAAUC